AUGUCUGGCCAGUAUCCGUACGGCGCUCCUCCUCCGCCGCCCCCCUCGGCGGCACCAGCUAGUAGCUACCCUUACGGUCAACAAUCAUACUCGUCGGCUCCUCGCGGUGGCAGCGCCGGAGCAGGUACUGGUGGUAGGGGCCGCGGGUACGCUCAGGGUCCCAGCCGGGUUGAGUAUGGGUCUGUUUAUGGCAGUUACCCCCAGCAAGAUUAUUCUUCGCACAAUGCUGCCUCAUAUAGCCAGCAGCCCUCGAGUGGUUACUGGAGUGGAAGUCCUGCUGCGCACAGUAGCUCUCCUUUGCCUCAAAGCAACUAUCACCCAAAUUACGCUUCGCCCAGCAACUAUCCGCCACAGUCACCGGCUACUUACCCACCCGCGGCGUAUCAUGCUAGCAGUCAGCGUGCCACUUACACUCCAACGUAUAAUUCGCCCACACCGGAGUAUCCUGCUCAGCAAUGGGGCGAUAGUAACUCCUACGGAAGCUACGCCAACAGAGGCGGCCGAGGCGGUUAUCCCGGUGACCGAGGUGGUCACAGAUCUGACUCUGCCCCGUCCGCGCUACGUGUAGGCUAUGAACAGGGCGGCUCUCAUGCCCCUCAAGCGAGCAAUGGCUACAACCAACAGUAUCCACCUUCUCACCAUUCCGCAGCGGGAUACGCGGCUCCUUAUCCUAGCUACCCUCCUCCUGUCCCUGCUUACCCUGGCCCAGCACCCCCAGCAUCCGGGUACUCGCACAAUCCCAGUCAUAGAGGUCGCGGACGCGAUGGUUUUUCUGGACAUAGGGGUCGAGGUGGCCAUCACAACGAUCGUAACGAUAAGUUUCGUCACAAGGGGCCAAGACCUCAGCAUCACGAAAAUCACAAUGCUCAGAAGUCUGAUGCAGCAUCUGCAAAGAAGAAGAAGCGCAAGACCAACACUCUUGGCCUAACCCCAGGUGAAGCUGAUGAUUCCGAUAAGGAGAUCGACGAGGAGAAGCGCAUAGUAGAGACCCUUGGUGACGAUCUUCCCGAUAUCGGCGAUCUGGCUGUCUGGCUAUCUGAGCGCAGAGCUAGGUUCCCUACCAAGGCCCGUGUCAAGGCGAAGCAAGAAGCUGAAGCCGCCAAACGCGCCGAAGCCGGCAAGGCACAAAAGCCUGCUCCUAAGAAUGAAGAUGAGGAGCGGGCAGAACUUCUUAGGCGAGAGCUGGCUGAGGUUGAGCGCAAGCUAGAGAAGCGAAAGCGAGAAACGAAUGAUGAGGGUGACGAGAUGCGUGCCCCUAAAGAGGAGUCCGAGAGCUCAGAUGAUGAACCCCCCGAGACGCAGACGACUAAGAAAACAGCAUCGUAUCUGCCUCCUCCCCCGAUCACGCGUGCUGAUCCUACAGCCCACUGCAAAUACUACUCCACAGGAGGUAUUUGUGGCAAGAAGGGCAAGUGCCGCUUUGUACAUGACCCAGAGAUGCGCGAGAGAGCAUUACAAGAACAAGCCGCCAAUGGCGGAAGGAUCACGCUUAAGCAACGUCUCCUACGUAAUGAGAAAGAGAUUGAGGAUCUGGCUAUCAUCCAGAGCAUAGUCAGUCUUAGAGGCAAUGGCAAGAUGCCGCCGGCCUCGAAGCCGGCCGCAAAGGCUCCUGGAAGCUCAUCGCGUAUGACCCGUUCUACUUCCCCUGCAAUCAAAGAGGCAUGUCAUACUGAGACAGAAAAUAGUCCCGGCCAAACCAUCCUUCCUCCCCCCGACUCCGACUCUGCCGCAGUAGAGGCCUUCGAACCAAAGGUAAAACUGUCCAAGCUACAGAAUCUAUACGCGUCUGCAUCUUUAGGUUAUUCCGGCAAUACCAUUCAACAAAAGUUAGAUCAACUAGCAGAACCCGCUACAAGCGUCGCAAACGCCUCCCUCAACGCUGACCUCCACCUCCGCUAUUACACAUUAACAAGGCUCAUCAACGCUCGCAAAUAG